AUGUUGCCCUGUAAGAAGAGAAGAACUACAGUGACAGAGUGCCUGCAGCAUAAAGGCAAUCAGGAGGAAAACAACGUAGACCUAGAAUCAGCUGUUAAACCAGAAUCUGACCAGGUUAAGGACUUGAGGUCAGUGUCACUGUCCUGGGAUCCAAGUCAUGGCAGAGUAGCUGGCUUCGAAGUACAAUCUGUGCAGGAUGCAGGAAAUCAGCUUGGUAUGGAGGAUACAUCUCUGAGCUCUGGGAUGCUCACCCAGGACACAAAUGUACCAAUUCUAGAAAGUGUUGAUGUUGCCAUCUCUCAGGGAAUCACCCUACCUUCCUUGGAGUCUUUUCACCCCCUUAAUAUACACAUUGGUAAAGGAAAACUCCAGGCUACUGGCUCAAAAAGAGGGAAAAAAAUUACACUGAGGCCUGGGCCAGUUACCCAAGAAGACAGACGUGAUCAUCCUAUCCUAAAGGAGCCUUUUUCAGAAGAGCCUAGUGAAGAAGUCAAGGAAGAAGGAGGGAAACCUCAAAUGCAUUCUGAAGGGGAGAUACCUUCACUGCCAUCAGGCAGCCAAUCUGCAAAACCAGUAAGCCAGCCCAGGAAAUCAACCCAGCCAGAUGUUUGUGCUUCUCCUCAAGAAAAGCCACUCAGGACUCUGUUUCACCAACCUGAGGAAGAGACAGAAGAUGGUGGACUCUUCAUUCCAAUGGAAGAACAAGACAAUGAAGAAAGUGAGAAAAGGAGAAAAAAGAAAAAGGGUACCAAGAGGAAACGAGAUGGAAGGGGUCAAGAAGGGACCUUGGCAUAUGACCUGAAACUGGACGACAUGCUUGACCGUACCUUGGAGGAUGGUGCCAAGCAGCACAAUCUAACAGCGGUCAAUGUCCGAAACAUCCUUCAUGAAGUAAUCACAAAUGAACAUGUGGUAGCUAUGAUGAAAGCAGCCAUCAGUGAGUCAGAAGAUAUGCCAAUGUUUGAGCCUAAAAUGACACGCUCUAAACUGAAGGAAGUAGUGGAAAAAGGAGUGGUAAUUCCAACAUGGAAUAUUUCACCAAUUAAGAAGGCCAAUGAAAUUAAGCCUCCUCAGUUUGUGGAUAUCCACCUUGAAGAAGAUGAUUCCUCAGAUGAAGAAUACCAGCCGGAUGAUGAAGAAGAAGAUGAAACUGCUGAAGAGAGCUUAUUGGAAAGUGAUGUUGAAAGCACUGCUUCAUCUCCACGUGGGGCAAAGAAAUCCAGAUUGAGGCAGUCUUCUGAGAUGACUGAAACAGAUGAGGAGAGUGGCAUAUUAUCGGAGGUUGAGAAAGUCACCACACCAGCCAUCAGGCACAUCAGUGCUGAGGUAGUGCCCAUGGGGCCCCCGCCCCCUCCAAAGCCGAAACAGACCAGAGAUAGUACUUUCAUGGAGAAGUUACAUGCAGUAGAUGAGGAGCUGGCUUCCAGUCCUGUCUGCAUGGAUUCUUUCCAGUCCAUGGAUGACAGUCUCAUUGCAUUUCGAACGCGUUCUAAGAUGCCCCUGAAAGAUGUUCCCCUGGGCCAACUAGAGGCAGAGCUCCAAGCUCCAGACAUCACUCCAGAUAUGUAUGACCCCAAUACAGCAGAUGAUGAGGACUGGAAGAUGUGGCUAGGGGGACUUAUGAAUGAUGAUGUGGGGAAUGAAGAUGAAGCAGAUGAUGAUGAUGAUCCAGAAUAUAAUUUCCUGGAAGACCUUGAUGAACCAGACACAGAGGAUUUCCGGACUGACCGGGCAGUGAGAAUCACCAAAAAGGAAGUAAAUGAGCUGAUGGAAGAGCUGUUUGAAACUUUCCAAGAUGAGAUGGGAUUCUCCAACAUGGAAGAUGACGGCCCAGAAGAGGAGGAGCGUGUGGCUGAGCCUCGACCUAACUUUAACACUCCUCAAGCUCUACGGUUUGAGGAACCACUGGCCAACUUGCUAAAUGAACAACAUCGGACAGUGAAGGAGCUAUUUGAACAGCUGAAGAUGAAGAAAUCUUCAGCCAAACAGCUGCAGGAAGUAGAGAAGGUUAAACCCCAGAGUGAGAAAGUUCAUCAGACUCUGAUUCUGGACCCAGCACAGAGGAAGAGACUCCAGCAGCAGAUGCAGCAGCACGUUCAGCUCUUGACCCAAAUCCACCUUCUUGCCACCUGCAACCCCAAUCUCAGUCCGGAGGCCAGUACCACCAGGAUAUUUCUUAAAGAGCUGGGAACCUUUGCUCAAAGCUCCAUCGCCCUUCACCAUCAGUACAACCCCAAGUUUCAGACCCUGUUCCAACCCUGUAACUUGAUGGGAGCUAUGCAGCUUAUUGAAGACUUCAGCACACAUGUCAGCAUUGACUGCAGCCCUCAUAAAACUGUCAAGAAGACUGCCAAUGAAUUUCCCUGUUUGCCAAAGCAAGUGGCUUGGAUCCUGGCCACAAGCAAGGUUUUCAUGUACCCAGAGUUACUUCCAGUGUGUUCCCUGAAGGCAAAGAAUCCCCAGGAUAAGAUCGUCUUCACCAAGGCUGAGGACAAUUUGUUAGCUUUAGGACUGAAGCAUUUUGAAGGAACUGAGUUUCCUAAUCCUCUAAUCAGCAAGUACCUUCUAACCUGCAAAACUGCGCACCAACUGACAGUAAGAAUCAAGAACCUCAACAUGAACAGAGCUCCUGACAACAUCAUUAAAUUUUAUAAGAAGACCAAACAGCUGCCAGUCUUAGUAAAAUGCUGUGAAGAGAUCCAGCCACAUCAGUGGAAGCCACCUGUAGAGAGAGAAGAACACCGGCUCCCAUUCUGGUUAAAGGCCAGUCUGCCAUCCAUCCAGGAAGAACUGCGGCACAUGGCUGAUGGUGCUAGAGAGGUAGGACAUGUGACUGGAACCACUGAGAUCAACUCAGAUCAUGGCCUAGAAAAAGACAACUCGGAGUUGGAGGGUGAAACUCGGUACCCACUGCUAUUGCCUAAGGGUGUGGUCCUGAAACUGAAGCCAGUUGCCACCCGUUUCCCCAGGAAGGCUUGGAGACAGAAGCGUUCAUCAGUCCUGAAACCCCUCCUUAUCCAACCCCCCUCUCUCCAGCCUAGCUUCAACCCUGGGAAAACCACCAGCCCCGCAUCAACUCAUUCCAGAAGAGCCCCUCCCCGAGCACCAAACUGGUGCUCCCGGAUUCCCCACCUGAUCCAGCCAGCCACUGUCUUACAGACAGUUCCAGGUGUCCCUCCACUGGGGGUCAGUGGAGGUGAGAGUUUUGAGUCUCCUGCAGCACUGCCUGCUAUGCCCCCUGAGGGCAGGACAAGCUUCCCUCUGUCUGAGUCCCAGAUUUUGCUCUCUUCUGCCCCUGUGCCCAAGGUAAUGCUGCCCUCCCUUGCCCCUUCUAAGUUUCGGAAGCCAUAUGUGAGACGCAGACCCUCAAAGAGAAGGGGAGUCAAGGCCUCUCGCUGUAUGAAACCUGCCCCUGUUAUCCACCACCCUGCAUCUGUUAUCUUCACUGUUCCUGCUACCACUGUGAAGAUUGUGAGCCUUGGCAGUGGCUGUAACAUGAUCCAGCCUGUCAAUGCGGCUGUGGCCCGGAGUCCCCAUACUAUUCCCAUUACCACCCUCUUGGUUAACCCUACUUCCUUCCCCUGUCAAUUGAACCAGCCCCUUGUGGCCUCCUCUGUCUCACCCUUAAUUGUUUCUGGCAAUUCUGUGAAUCUUCCUAUACUAUCCACCCCUGAAGAUAAGGCCCACGUGAAUGUGGACAUUGCUUGUGCUGUGGCUAAUGGGGAAAAUGCCUUUCAGGGCCUAGAACCCAAAUUAGAGCCCCAGGAACUAUCUCCUCUCUCUGCUACUGUUUUCCCCAAAGUGGAACAUAGCCCAGGGCCUCCACCAGCAGAUGCAGAGUGCCAAGAAGGAUUGUCAGAGAACAGUGCCUGUCGCUGGACUGUUGUGAAAACAGAGGAGGGAAGACAAGCUCUGGAGCCGCUGCCUCAGGGCAUCCAGGAGUCUCUAAACAACUCUUCCUCUGGGGAUUUAGAGGAAGUUGUCAAGAUGGAACCUGAAGAUGCUACAGAGGAAAUCAGUGGAUCCCCUGAGCGUGACAUUUGUGAUGACAUCAAAGAGGAACAUGCUGUGGAAUUGGACACUGGCGUCGCAAGCGAGGAGUUGAACAGUGCUAGAGAGGUAAAGAAACAGACAGUCUUACAGAAGGAAGAGGAGAGGAGUCAGCCAGCUAAAACCCCUUCAUCUUCUCAAGAGCACCCUGAUGAAGGAACCUCAGGGACAGAUGUGAACAAAGGAUCAUCAAAGAAUGCUUUGUCCUCGAUGGAUCCUGAAGUGAGGCUUAGUAGCCCCCCAGGGAAGCCAGAAGACUCACCCAGUGUUGAUUGUCAGUCAGUGGAGACUCCAGUUGGGCCAGAAACUGGAGGAGAGAAGAACGGGCCGGAAGAAGAGGAAGAAGAGGACUUUGAUGACCUCACCCAAGAUGAGGAAGAUGAAAUGUCAUCAGCUUCUGAGGAAUCUGUGCUUUCUGUCCCAGAACUCCAGGAAACAAUGGAGAAACUGACUUGGCUGGCAUCUGAAAGGCGCAUGAGUCAGGAGGGUGAGUCUGAAGAAGAGAAUUCUCAGGAGGAGAACUCUGAGCCGGAAGAAGAGGAGGAAGAAGAAGCAGAAGGAAUGGAAAGCCUGCAGAAAGAGGAUGAAACGAUGGAUGAAGCAGUUGGAGACUCAGCUGAGAAGCCUCCUUCUACUUUUGCCUCAUCUGAGACUGCUCCAGAAGUGGAAACCAGCAGAACUCCACCAGGAGACAGCAUCAAAGCUGCUGGAAAGGGCCGGAACAAUCAUCGAGCUCGCAACAAGCGGGGAAGUCGGGCUCGGGCCAGCAAGGACACCUCCAAGCUGCUGUUGCUGUAUGAUGAGGACAUUCUCGAACGAGAUCCCCUCAGGGAGCAGAAGGACUUGGCCUUUGCCCAAGCUUAUCUGACCAGGGUACGAGAAGCCCUACAACAUAUCCCUGGCAAGUAUGAAGACUUCCUUCAAGUCAUCUAUGAAUUUGAGUCAAGUACCCAGAGACAGACGGCUGUAGAUCUCUACAAAAGCCUGCAAAUUCUGCUCCAAGACUGGCCUCAGCUGUUGAAAGACUUUGCUGCUUUCCUGUUACCUGAGCAAGCUCUGGCCUGUGGAUUAUUUGAGGAGCAGCAGGCUUUUGAGAAGAGCCGCAAGUUCCUUCGGCAGCUGGAGAUUUGCUUUGCAGAGAACCCCUCACACCACCAGAAGAUUAUCAAGGUCCUCCAGGGCUGUGCAGACUGCCUUCCGCAGGAGAUCACCGAGCUCAAGACACAGAUGUGGCAGCUCCUCAAGGGCCACGACCACCUACAGGAUGAGUUUUCUAUCUUCUUUGACCACUUGCGCCCAGCAGCUAGCCGGAUGGGUGACUUUGAAGAGAUCAAUUGGACUGAGGAGAAGGAGUAUGAGUUUGAUGGCUUUGAAGAAGUGGCCCUGCCUGAUGUGGAAGAAGAGGAGGAGCCUCCCAAGAUACCCACAGCCUCAAAGAACAAGAGAAAAAAAGAGAUCGGGGUCCAAAAUCAUGAUAAGUUUGAGGAGCAGCAGGCUUUUGAGAAGAGCCGCAAGUUCCUUCGGCAGCUGGAGAUUUGCUUUGCAGAGAACCCCUCACACCACCAGAUGAUUAUCAAGGUCCUCCAGGGCUGUGCAGACUGCCUUCCGCAGGAGAUCACCGAGGUCUGUGACAGCAAAUCCUACAAGAGCAAGGAGCCCCAUGAGGCCACCCAGAGCGGGACUGUCAGGACCACCAGAAAGGGAGAGAUGCCUUUUUCCGGAUUGCCAGUGGGGGGCACUUUGCCGUCCCCUCCAGAAGUGACUCUUACAGAACGGCUCCUCCUGGAUGGCCCACCACCUCAUUCACCAGAGACUCCUCAAUUUCCCCCCAAAACUGGAGCUGUACUGUACACUGUUAAGAGAAACCAGGUUGGGCCUGAGGUUCUCUCCUGCCCCAAGGCAUCCCCCAGACUUCAGAAAGAGAGGGAGGGCCAAAAGGCAGUGGGUGAGUCAGAGGCUUUGAUGCUGGUCUGGGAUGCAUCAGAAACGCAAUUGCCUGGUACCGUGGAACCCCAUGCUUCCUUCCUGAGUCCUGUUUCCUCAAAGACCAGAGAUGCAGGGAGAAGACAUGUGUCCGGGAAACCAGACACUCAAGAGAGAUGGCUGCCCUCAAGCAGAGGUAGGGUGAAGACAAGAGACAGGACAUCCCCUGUCCAUGAAUCUCCAUCAGGAAUUGACACGUCAGAGACUUCUCCCAAAGCCCCUAGAGGGGGUUUGUCUAAAGACAGUGGAACACAGGGCAAGGGUCCAGAGGGGGAGCAGCAGCCAAAGGCCACAGAAGCUACAGUGUGUGCCAACAACAGCAAGGUCAGCUCCACUGGGGAAAAGGUUGUCCUGUGGACAAGGGAAGCUGACCGUGUGAUCCUCACCAUGUGCCAGGAGCAAGCACAGCCACAGACCUUCAGCAUCAUCUCCCAGCAGCUGGGAAAUAAGACACCUGCUGAGGUCUCCCACCGUUUUCGAGAACUCAUGCAGCUCUUCCACACUGCCUGUGAAGCCAGCUCUGAGGAUGAGGAUGAUGCAACCAGUACCAGCAAUGCAGACCAGCUGUCUGACCGUGGGGACCUUCUGUCUGAAGAGGAGCUGGAUGAAUGAGACUCUGGGAAUACUUGGGUAUCAUCUACACAGGACCAAACCCAGCAGUUGCCCUGUCAUUAGGCAGGAGGGUAGUUGUACUCCUGCUUGUACAGUCCUUGCGCCCAGUUUACAGACCGGGAGAGGAGCCCAGGACGAGGACAAAGGCUGGAGGAUGGAGUAGGACCCAGGGGCUCUGCCAUCCUAGGCACCAUUCAAGGUCUUUUAUGAAGACCUUACAGAUCUCCUCUGUAAAUAGCAUCGAGUGAGAGUGGAGCUCAGCUCCUUUCUCUACUUUUUUUUGGUCUGAUGGCACAUAUUUAUUGUUCUGUGGUCUAAUCACAGUGUUUCUAAAUGUAAAAAGUGCAUAUGUUGGUGUAGCUAGUCCUGCAACAUUGAGCUCCUCUGCACGAAGACACUGGGCUCCUGCAUCCAGCUGUGUUUAUUGCACACUAGCUCCUCUCUCCCACACUGGGAACGUUAGUCCACGAGGCUGUCACCAGCGUGGUAGCACUGGGCCAGGCUUUGUAGCUCCUGCAGGAGCUCUGCUACGUCAUCGUGCUCCACUCCAGCAUCCAUGAAGCUGGCCCAGCGCCGCAAGUCGAGUUUGGUGAGGUCUCUGGCCAAGGCUUCCAGGGUCUGGUGCAGGGACGAAGAGGAACACAGUGCCCCAAACACUGGGAUGCUCUCCACUGCUGAGGAGGGAGAGGAAAGAGAGACCUGUACAUGGAUGAUUAUUCUGCCCUGGGACUCUAUCAAACCGAUAAGGAAGUCCAACCUUAGUAGACUUGAUUGUAAACUCAACAAAUUUGGUGUACUGUCCCCUUAGUACACCAGUACUCCAGAGGAAGAAUGCUUUUCUUGGGAGCCAUAGGGUGAAUAAAAGAAUGUUUAACUGUGGACUUUUUCAGCACUUUUAAUCCAGGAACGGAGAUAGUAAAAACUCGCCCAUA